GGGCGUAGCCGCCACUCUUCCCCCGUCAUGGCCGCUCCUCACAGCAGCAGUAACAGCGGCGGCGGCGACUGCGGCUGAGGGGGAAGACCACUCCACAACAACAACAAACAAACAACACAGCAACAACGACCGAGACGGCGGCCACGGCGGCCUCGGCGACAAGCGACGGCGCCAUGGAGAUGUCCCAGAUGGAGUGGAUUAACGACGUGGACGACAUGUUUAUCCACCGUAUCGACUCGGCGGAGAUCGUGUACGAGCCGCGCAGGAAGCGCGCUAAGAUGGUGGGGCGCUACCUGAUGGGAGACCUGCUGGGCGAGGGCUCCUACGGCAAGGUCAAGGAGAUGCUCGACUCGCACACGCUGUGCCGCCGCGCCGUCAAGAUCCUCAAGAAGAAGAAGCUGCGCAAGAUCCCCAACGGCGAGGCGAACGUCAAGAAGGAGAUUCAGCUACUCAAGAGGUUGAAGCAUAAAAACGUCAUCUCGCUCGUUGACGUCCUCUACAACGAAGAGAAACAAAAGAUGUAUAUGGUCAUGGAGUACUGCGUGUGCGGCAUGCAAGAAAUGCUGGACAGCGUUACCGGAAAGAAGUUUCCCAUCUUCCAGGCUCACGGGUAUUUUAGUCAGCUGGUGGACGGCCUGGAGUAUCUCCACAGCCAGGGCAUUGUCCACAAAGACAUCAAGCCUGGGAACCUGCUGCUCACCACGGAGGGGACCCUCAAGAUCUCCGACCUGGGUGUUGCAGAGGCACUGGACGUGUUUGCGCUGGACGACACGUGCAGGACGAGCCAGGGCUCACCCGCCUUCCAGCCCCCAGAAAUUGCCAAUGGCCUGGAGACGUUCUCCGGCUUCAAGGUGGACAUCUGGUCGUCAGGCGUCACCCUGUAUAACAUAACGACGGGGGUAUAUCCCUUUGAAGGGGACAACAUCUACAAGCUCUUUGAGAACAUCGGCAAGGGCGAGUACACAGUCCCCGAGGAGUGCGGCACUUUAUUAACAGAGCUUCUGAAAGGGUUGCUGGAGUACGACCCUGUCAAGAGGUUUUCAAUACAGCAAAUCCGACAGCACCACUGGUUCCGCAAAAAGCCAGCGCGCCUGGAGGUGAGCGUGCCGAUCCCGCCAAGCGCCAGCGUCCCGGAUCGCUGGCGGAGCAUGACUGUGAUGCCCUACCUGGAGGACCUGCACGGUUACCACGGCGACGAGGAAGACAACGAAUACUACGAGGACGAAGAGGACGACAUCGUCUACAGCAUGGAGUUCAACGGCCCAGCCAAGAAAUCGCGCCGCGCCCCCUCCACACCCAAGCGCUCUCUCCUCUGGGGUCUCCUCCCGAGGGUUCUGAGAUUCUGCCGGGCGGACGUGGAGGAGGAGGAGGAGGAAGAGGAGGAGAUUGGGGCUGAAGAGACGCUUGACACGGAACGCAACGGCCAUGCGGCAGCCAUGUGCGUUAAUGGCGCCGGCGGUGCCGGCGUCGGUGCCGGUGGUGGCGCCGGCGCCAGUGGCGGCGGCGUGGCCGUUGCGGGCGGGGCAGGCGCAGCUGGCGUCGGAGCGGCGGCGGCAGUAGCGGAGAGGGAGACGGAGAGGUCGGCGCCGGCGGCGAGUGGGAGGCAGCGAGCUGAUCGGCGAGCGAGCAACACGUCGAACCCCUCGCGCAAGUCCUCCUCGGGCCACGUGAGCAAAGUGCGGAGGAUUACGACGUGCAAGCAGCAGUGACCGGCGGCGCCGCGCAUGGACUCCUGCCCCCUUCGCCCCUCCACGCGCUUUUACGGACCUUUCGCCAUUUCGUUCCCGGACAAAAAGGAGAGAGGCGCUAAGACUUUACGGUUUUACCGUCACACUUCACAGUUUUUCCACCACGACCCCGCGACCUCCGGGUGUCCCUCCAGCUCCACCCAUCUCCACCGUGCUCGGAAGGGGUGCCUGUGGAUCCGCUCUCCGCUGUGCCGUGCCGUGCCACACCGCUCGACCAAUCAGCAGCAUCCCCCACGGGUCCGGCCGACUUGAAACAGAAGUGUUUCCUCUCUCUUAUCUACUGUGACGACCUCCUGUAAUGCUGCAGUCUUGUUUGCAGUUGGCUUCUUGCGCAUAUGCUAUCACUUGCGCCAUUUUAAAAGUAAAGCGAGCUUGAGUUUUCACUUCCGAUUCUUUUUUGUGCCCGUUCAAAAACAUCUUUCAUGUUAUGCCAAAUGCAACUGUAACGGUAGAGAAAGCUGGGGAUUGGUUUGGAGAGACGCAUGCUGGGCAUGUGUCAAGAGGACCGAGUCAGUGCUGUUGAGAUCCUAGCUUUUCGCACCUGGGGGAAGCAACCCGUGAUUAAGAAAUCAGGUUUCCAAGUUGAGUGAGUUUUGCUGAUCUUUGCCUGGUCAACAUUUAUGGCACAAAACACCUCCACGAUUUCAGAAGCCCGACUCAGCUUGGAGAGGGGAAUUGCUUAGCUGCCAUAUAUCAUAGAUGUUGCUUGUAAGACCCUUGAAGAAUGUUGAAUGAAGGCCCAUUAUGCGGACUAUGAGAUCAUUACACAACACAGCACGUGGCUGCUGUCUGUGGAAGUUAUUUAGAUUGGCUUUACUGUCCCCCUGGAUACAGAUAACACAAGUUGGAUGUGGUUGUUAGUGAACAAAAUUUUUGGGUCUUGAAAAUUAUUCCUCACCUGAAAUCUGUUUUAGCACAGUCCACCGCUGUGUUCAUAGUGCUCUUCCUGACACCCCUGUGAUGUAAGAAUUGACUACAAUCCAAAACAUUCUACGUGGCUCAACAAACAAACAACUUGCCAAAUAGACUGUCCGUUUUUUUACGUUAGCAUAAGUAUCUGCAAUAAAAUAACCUUUGUAACUUUCACGCCAUGCUGCAUCUGAUGGAGUUCCGUCCGCAGCACGUGCAGACGCGGCUCCGUGAAUACAGCACGUCCGACCCUCUCCUGGGCUUACUCGCUGCAAUCACUUCAUCAGAUAUUCUUCGCAUCGUGUCCUCUAUGAAGCCGAAGUGGAAGCUGGCCUAAUCCUAAUUGACUAAUGACCGGCUUCUGAUUCAGAAAUUAUUAGUGCGUCUCGAUGAGACAAAUGAGCAUUGGGGUAGAUUUUAUCUCCAUUUGUGGGCCCCCGGGCCGGUGGUGUACCGCAGACAUUUCUGUUGCCUGGCUCGUCGUCGUGUCCGUGGGAUGGCCACCGUUGCCUUGAACAGGUUGGUCCUCGUUGACCCCAAUGGGAAAGACGCGUCUUGCGGCGCAACCCCCAGCCGCGAUUUGAACUCGCAACCCUCCGCAUUGUGAUGCGUCCGCUCUGACCGCAGUGUCAUCGGGCGAAGGGAAAAGUGGCCGGCCAGAUGGCGGCGGUAGUUUUUUUAUUUGUAUAAAAAAAAAAUCUGGAGGUAUCUUAGUGUUGUUUUUUUAUCGGCAUAGAUAUUUCUCCACCAUAUUUUGUGCCCUUUUUUAACAAAAUAGGGCAUAACAAAUAAGCACUUGCGAUGCUUGGUAAAUUAACAACAAAUGUAACACUGUUCUGGCAUCAAAAUGUAUCAGAACAAAUGUCAUAGCAGUGCACCGUGGGCAGUUCCUAGAAGGUUCUGCACCCGCGGGGCCCUGCGUGUGGCAGCGAUUGCUGUCGCGUUGAACCUCAUUGCAGUUGGAACUGCAUAUAGGCACAUCCCUGUGCUUAUAUGUAGAGUGUGCCAGAAAUCCCCAUUUGACCCCUCUUCCCACCACCACUACCAGUGUAAUGUUAGUAAGCGUUGCAUCUAUCAGAACUGAGCUAAUUUUUUCACACAUGCUUAUCUCCAGCUUCUGCUGGAGUAUAAGGAGCGUGUCGAGGGUUACACGGUGAGACCGCACGCAGCCUUGAACUGCCUAGCCUCCCAGGCUCGCUUCGCCGGGCGGCACGGUCGGCACGCAAGCCCCUGGGCCAGGCGGCACGGUACCGGCGCGUUAGUUCUCGCAGCCGCACUUCUCGGCAAUUUGCUCCUAAAUUUGCCUGCCACAGCUCGCCACCAACCCCUCUGCCCUCUUUAGGACGAGCAACUAAAGAUCUCGUGGCGUCAUUCCCCGGAGUGGGGUCACCAUGCACCGGUGCCGCAGCCUUAAUACCACAAUUUGACUCGCUUUUUAAAAGCAACGUCGAGUGUUGCAGUCUCUCUCAAUGCAACAGGGACGGCGGACGAGCCUCGCUCAGUUCUCACCCAGUUCAGUGACGAACUUGAAGGUGAAAUCCACAUGCCAGGCUGCAAUGUGUCGCGACUGCUCAUUUUGUGGCGGUAACGUUCACGAGCAGUGCAUGCGUUGUCUCUCGUAAUCUGGCGAUAGUAUUUUUUCACACGGGAGACGGCGAUGAGGCUUUGAGAAUAAGGCAGUGAAAAGGUCUCAGUCGGUCACCUCUCAUAACAAAUAGCCUCUUGUGCGAUAGAACACGAAAAAUGGGCUCCGGAUUAAGCAACGUGUUUGCUUCGGGGUGACCAGCACCAUCUCGUUCUUGCAAAUGUACGCGCGUCUCUCCCUCAUUUGCCACAAAAACGGUGUGCGCUUCCAUGAUAAUAGCGAGACGGAAGUUGGAUGUACAGGUGUAUGUUUUGCGUUUUCGCAGAACCUGGGAACAUGGCUAACAGUGAGGUCUAAUGCUUGGGGGGUGAUGUUGGGGGGGGGGGGGAGUUUUAGAAGUGUUGUAAAUUACAAAACAUAUAUAAAGUUAGAAAAAAUUACUUCUAAAGAUGUUGCAGACUUUUACAGGGUUUCAUAGCAGAGUUUGAUUACUGUUUCUGAUGAAAGCAAUGUUUCCUGUAAGAUAUUGCAUCUAAUUGAGCUUUGUAAAUGUGCCUUGAACCCCUGUUUAAGUCUAAGGCUGCAGAAAACCUGGAGGCAAGUGGUCUGCAUUUACAGUAAAAAAAACGUAUUUAUCCUCUGCGCUCAGUUUUUAAGCUCCUGUUCAUUGCACGGAAGCUAUAUUUUCUCCAACCUUAUUACUUUUAAAUUCAGGAUGCAUUUGCAGUAGAAUCGGAGCCGCCUGCAGAUUAAGCUGCCUGUGGUCACGUAAGAUGGUAAAAACUGCUUUUCAAAAUAUUUGACCUUUUUGCAGAGACCGGCCCUUUCCUCUUGUGGGCUGCUCUGCAAUGUGUUUGUACCACGCCGUUGUAUGUUCUGCAAAUUCUUUUUUUCCCCAUCUAUACAACACUUCUGGCUUCAAUUUACAGACCAUUUUCAUCCAGGUGUUCCAAGGUCCCUAACGGAACUUUUUUUUUAGUUGAGUUAGUUAAGCAUGUUCAAACUGCGGCUUAGUUGCUAGGCUUUAAAAUCCGCGAGCGCAUAACUUGAAUGUUAAAUAGUAUAUUAUAUGUCGAUACUUGUUGGUAUUUUUUUUGUAAAAUAUGCGUACAGUUAUAUAUCUUCGCUUCACUGCAACGAGAGUAUGAGGAGAGUUUUUAUUUUUUAAAUUCUAAGAACUCAUUAAAAGUUGUGAAGGCUCUUCAGAUCGUUAAAAAAAAUGAUUUUUUUAAAGUUUCCACACUGGCUCGUUAAUGCGCGUUUCCCCAUCUUAUUUUUUUCAUUAUCGUUCAUAAUAUGAAAGUGCUGCAGCGCAACACACAAAAGUGUGAGUGUUAGAGGGUAGAGUGGAAGAACCAAGCCUGAGCAGGUUUAAUGAGAGCUUGUCCGCCGUAGUCGGUGAUUGAAUACAGCGUACACACGCGGUAGCUUUGAAAGAAGGUUCAUCGCAAUUUGCAGAACCAAAUGACAAAAUGUAGCAACCCGAAACUUGAAGCAAAAGGAUUUUUUUUUACCAUGAACACAACUUUUUCCGUUGCCACUGUAAAUGACAUCAAACGUAUGCCCUGAAGGAAAUUCAAGAAUUGCAAGGAGCGCUUAUUUGCGAGUUUUUUUCUUUUAAAGUUUUCAAGAAUUAUUUUGUUAUUUCCUUUGUUUGUGUAGUCAUGACCUAUGUUUGAAUUUGUUGGGUCUCUUAUUUGUGCUUGAUGCUGAACGUUGCCCAAAGGUUUUGAAGACCUGAUAUGCAAGCGACACGGUUUUGAUUGAGACCAUGCCCUGUCUCCGCUCUCGACACGUGCACACACACACAUUAAUAACUCCCUCGCUUACCCGCAUGGCCACGCACACAUGCGUGCGCGCGCGCAGAUCCACCGGUCAGCUUCUUAGGCCCUGUGUUAGUGAAUACCUGCUAAGGCCAGCAUGGCAAGAGAGAAUGUUGAUUUGGCCAGUACCACACAUGGAGCCCCCCAUUUUCCCCAAGUGAUUGAUGAUCACACGUGGUACCAGGUACUGGUUUGAGGGUGAUUUGACGUAGACCUAGUCUGAGAUCGGUUCUGUUAACAGUUCCCGCUAUUGCGUAUGGCCAAGAGUCAAAGCCAUGUCGAGGCGCCGCCGCCACGAAUUCUGCCGAUGCCACCACCACAAACGUGUUACAUUCUCCGCCACCGUCCUAACGUUUGGUCCUUCCCUCGGUCGCCGACCUCCGGGUUGCCGCCCAAUGCCCGUCUCGGUACCGGCCCUCCUCCACCGCGCACACGCGCCCCACUCCCCACGAAGCGCCUCUUCCUGGUGACACACAUACAGUGUUGCUUAUCUAGUGCGCUGACCACUACCCCGCAGCGUACACUGGCGUACACAUGCACACUCACGUUCAAGUGCUGUUAUUGAGCAACUAUUAAGGCCGUGAGCCUAGCAAUCUACAUUCACGUCUUGGUCAUAACACCGGUGCCACUUGCUCUUCGAGCCUAGGCUUGGCAUUUCUUACGUCACCUCGACCGAAAGUGAGAGACUCAAUCAACUUCAGAUCUUGGAAAAUAAGUGAACUGUGUAACUGUCAGGAGGGACGGCGAUGGAAAUGUCUCCCACAUGCUUGCAUUUGCAUAUUCACAUCCCACCCAGCCUAACGAAUUUCAAAGCGUGAAAAUGCUCCGCCCCCCCCCCCUCGCUCGCUCUAACCACGAGGCACCAAGAGCCACACUGGACGGCGGGGACGGGAGUCGCGGGGUCCCCCUACACUGGACGCACACCUGGUUGUCGGUCAGCGCUGAUAGCCUUCGCUGCAUUACCCUUUUGCACUGUGCUUUGCGCGCGAAUGCUUCGAGCGGUCGUGAAAACAUUGCGGCUGCGCUUUGCGUCUGGAAGCACGUUUCCCUACCACGGCACACUUUCCGGGGGGCUAUUUCGAGACCGCUUGCGUACAAAAAAAACCUGGCGUCAUGCUGCGUCUCGUAACUACAGCCUAAUGAUUGGUUACUCGUGGUCUCACGUGAAACUUGUCACAUUCCUGAAAGAAGUUACCUUUAAUUUAGUUGAUACAUUUUGAAUAAUAAACUUCCUCACCUCGAUUAAAUUGGCCAAUUUCUCCACCACGUGCUGGUUUUCUUUUUCUGUCGUGCACUGAGGGGAAACUCACUUCUGGACGCAAACGCAGCCAGUUUUCCUCCUUGUGUUCUGAGGUCUACUGCUGGUGGGUUCCAGCGUGGCAGGUGUGGCUGGGAAUGUCACGCAAAGUGUGAAGUGUGAACUCAGCUCUCGUCAUUUGCGAUGUUUCUGUGUGCUUAUACCAAUUUUUAUUUGUGCACGAGUUAAUGCAGUUCUUUUUACAGUGUAGCCUUGACAUACACACACCAGAGUUUGUCCAUAUUUGCUUGCAAAAGGAAUUGAUUUUUAAUUGAGAAUGAAUAACUUAUAAUUAGACUAAUAAUAAUGAAUCCAUGAUGUCUAUGUAUCCUUGCGGAGGGUCGUUGAUGAGCGAUAUCACUCUUUGUCAAGUCACUCAUGAUAGUCAAGUGACUAUCAUGAGUACUUAGGAAGAGCUGUGCACGAUUUGAAGAUAGUUUUUUUUUUAUUUUCGUUGUGGUUACUCUUUUAGGAUGGGAGUUUUGGCCGUGACGCUGGAACACACAAGCCCGACUUGCGUCGAGCAUUGCGGUUGGACCUGUUAAGUUCCACGUGACAGCUGAUUGCGUGUUUUGGAUGACCACAAUUACCUGCAGGCACUUUGCGCGCUGCUGCAUGGAGAGCUGAAGCCUCCGCGCUGUGUAAACCAGCUCGGGGCCACGCACGCCACCCGCCAAAAACCAACAGCCAUUCAAUAAGAUAAUAGCCAUAAGGUGAAAUGGCUUCUUUAAACAAGCAAUGCCUAAAUGAACCGUAGUCAGCCAGUGGUAGAAGUUGCGCAUUUGCCACAGUGUGGACCAGCUGGUAUCGACUGGGCCACUGUUAACUCCCCACAGAGUGGUGACUAAUUUUACCCAUCCGAGGGAGACGAUGGAGUGUAAUGGGCUCGCGAUUUAAUUACGAUCUGAAGAUCGCAACAGAGCUGUUUGUACACCCGUGCUUGGCAGUAAUCCCGCUGGUGUGCGUGUGUGUGCAUGUCACACCAGUGGCCUUACCAUCUCCUACAUCAACUCGGCCUAAACAUGAGUAGCCGGCUGUGGUGGCGGUGUGUCCAGUAUUGUCGCCCCCCCCCCCCCAUUCCACAUCGUUGACCCUGGCGAAGGUUUGAAGGGCUGUGUCGAGGUACUGAGCUGCGGCCUCUUGCUACCAUGAUUACGCACCGACCUACCCGUUGCCUGUCCACACCGUACGUUAACUCCACUCCUACACUUGGGGUGUUCGUAAUUUUAUGAUCUCGACAAGGGCACAGGUGUGCGUAAAUAUUUAACCAAGGUGGCGGACAGGUGAGUUAUUCCAUAAUUAAAUCAUUACGCGGGUAACUAAGUAUGCAAGUGCUAUUUGGAUGGGGUUUUCCUGAAAAGUGAUUGCGUAAACAGGAGAAUUAAAAGAUUCCUAAUUAAAAGUCAAUUCUAGCUGUCAUGCAGAAGUUGCGGUGGUUGCUAUUUGUUGCCAAUAGCAGACACUAAAAAGUAAAUCCGAGGAAGCCGUUAAUUAACUUAAUGGGCUUUUAGAUAUUUAAAAUGAGCUUGUACUUAUACGUUGUUAUGGACCGGUGUCAUUUUGUUGUUUUUAAAUAAAUUGUGGUUGCUCCAAACAGUGCACCAAACGCACAGCAAAAUGCGAGCGCUUCCUCAGAUUUCUUUUUCACCCUGUGGGCUGAAGUUGUUUAUUCCUGUUGGUUGCACGAAAGUUGUCAAAAGUCACAGCACUGGGAUGUCUCGAAGCGAGAGUUACUGGGGAGAAGGACUGUUUUGCGUUGUUUUUUUUUUAUUGGGAGAGCGCUGUUUGUUGCCAGGUCCCACCGUCGGUCGGUCCGGUUUGCGAUGAAGGGAGCCGCAGUCGGUGAGUCGCUCGCACGCGGCGCGCUUGGCACCGCGCUCGCCGUUCCGCAGCUCAAGAGGCAGAUGAGGGCGAAAUGUUUAAUUGGCCACGCCGUCCGUGACUGACGGCAGCGGUGACUGUGACGGGGGGUGCCGCAGCUCGUAGCUGUCGUGGCUUGUGGACGAUUGGCGCCGUGCAGGGAUCUUAAAUUGAGGAGAUGGUGGGGCGUGGGGGUGGGGUGGCCGUGCCGAGUUUUUCCCUCUGACUUUGUCUCCGUUCCGUAGUGCUGCAGCUAACGCUUCCCAGCGCCGUUCGGCUCCCAACUGGUGCACACACGGCUGCAGUGGUACGCACCUGGCACCGGACAACUUGCAGGUUGGGUUUGUAGAUCAUGCAAAGAUUAUCUGAGGAAAGCACCCACGUUUAGAACAGAAAUAUCGCGCUAAUAGUCAGCAAAGUAAGGCUUUCUUUUGAGCCAACUUUGUAGUGGAGCUUUAAAUGCUUUGUGUGGGUUUACCAUGAUAUUCAACUGAAAAAUAAUUAUCACAUUUUGCCGAACAACCUCAGCAGGACGGUGCUGAAGGAUCUGGAGAAGUAUUGGGAUUCGGUAAGGCUUUCAAUUGAGAAAUACAUUUAUUGUUAUGGUUAAAGUUUAAUAGACCCGCAGUAUUAACCAGAGCAGGCGCUGGAUUUGAGCCAUGAACCUCUGGAACAAGCGGGGAAUGUUGUUACCGCUGGACCGCGUCACCACCUCCACCACUCCACCUCGUGAGCAGUGGCGUUAGUUCCAUCCUCAAGGCGUCUAAACAUUCACUCCGCUUGUGAUCCAAGAGUUGUCACAAAUUGGGGUUUGCGAUUCGAUUACAGAAUCUUUUCAUUGUGAAUGUCGUGCCUCUAGUGGCUGCGGGAGUCACGUGAAAGGUGUACGAAUUAAAUAUUAGAUCACAUGAAAGUUGUACGAAUUAAAUAUUAGAUUCUCACUAAGGAGAAUGUGAUGCAUUUAUCGCAAAUGUCGAAUUUGAUUCCAAAGCACAGGCCUGACACGUUAACAGCGCAUCUCCCAUAAACAUGUACACUUUGGUUCUUUCAAUGGGACAAUAUACGCAGGUUUGUGCACAUGCAUAUAAAACUACAUUUCAAACAAUUGCUGAUGGGGUCUCUACCGGUUCGAUUUGCAUACGCGUGGCGUGGCCAGUGCGGCUCGUAUGCAUUCUGUGUCUAGUCUGUAAUUAAAAUGUUCACACGCAAGGGCAGAAUCGUUCACGCGUUGACUUUUUUGAAAAACUUAA